UCCGCCGCCAGUACCGGGCCGCCCGAUGCCUCCGCCCCGCCGGGGCGCAUGCGCCAGCGCCGGGGCGGCAUUGGCGGGCACGGCGCGCCCCCGGGAACGCGGCGGGUUACCCAGAAGGCAGCGCGCUGCGCCGAGGUCAAGAUGGCGGCGAGGGCGACUGUCGCAGGAAGCGGUCGCCUCAUGGACAAGUUUCGGAAGUGGUAUUACAAUGCAGCUGGAUUCAACAAACUAGGAUUAAUGCGAGAUGAUACAUGGUAUGAAGAUGAUGAUGUAAAAGAAGCAGUGAGGAGACUCCCAGAACAUCUUUACAAUGAAAGAAUGUUUCGCAUAAAGCGAGCGCUCGAUCUAAGCCUGAAACAUCAGAUCCUUCCAAAAGACCAGUGGGUGAAGUAUGAAGAGGAUCAGCAUUAUCUUGAACCAUACCUAAAAGAAGUAAUCCGUGAAAGACUUGAAAGAGAAGAAUGGAACAAGAAAUAACUAUUGAACUACUUCAUGCGAAUAUCCACAUAUUUCUGAUAUUUUUGAACAUUUGGUUAUAGAAGUCUACAGGGAGGCAAAUGUGAGGCCGAGGAAUACUAUUUCAGCUUGUUCAUUGAAUCUAUUCAUCCAAGUAAAAUAAACAUGUCAAAGUAUAAAACCUACUUGGAAGAGUUCUUUGCAAAUGUUAACAAGCUAAUGUUGAGAUCUUUCCUAUGAGCAUAUACAUUACAUAUUAGCUUAGUGGUAUGCAGUCUUCAUUCCAGCUUUUUGAUUCUUACUCUUUCCAUAGUACAGCUGUUCUCUGCGGUUGUAGGGUUAGGCAAGAAACACACAAAGCUGUUGGCGCUAGUUGCCCAGUUAAAUUAAAAAGGGGUUGCUUAUUUCUGUCAUCGCUUCUCCCUGGAGACGACGAUACUGGCUGGAUGUUACAGUGGCAUCAUGAGACAGCAGAAUGCCAUAUUCUGUAAUAUGUAUGUGCGUAGAUGCACAGUAAUGGAAAAUAUAGGUGAUUCCUUAAUCACAAAAUCAGGAAGUGUUUCACUAGCUUUUUGUACCAUAUACAUUAUUAAUUCUUAAAAGACUCUUUUCCUGUAAACCAUAAUGACCAUCUCACUUCAGUUUCUUGAGAUUUUUUUUAUCCUCUUACAAGGUAAAAGUAUGCUGAUGUACUUUCAACAGCAUAAUUAACUUCCCAUAUAUUUUCUUCGUUGCUUAAGUCAUGCUGUUGUAUACAGUGAUUGGUAUCAAGUAUUUUAAGUGGUCAGGCUUAAUGAUAUUUGAGAUAUACAUGGAAUUUGGGCUCUGCUUAAAUAACAGAAGGAUUUCAGUUGUAUCCAGAAAAUACUGGCCCUUGCUUGCUGAAGACCUCGAGUUUAGUCUUCCAUAGUUUAAUAGUGUUAAUUUGAAACAGAUUUUAGUAUUAUGUGUGAAAUUCAAAGCCUAUCAUAUAGCCCUCUGUAUGAAACACAUAGUCUUGUGUGAUAGUCCCAAGGUUUAUGUUUUCCUUUGUUAUGCAUGCUUGUCUGUCAAAUGCGAGAACCCACUGACCGAAAGCAGAGCAAUUUAGAAUAAGCAAAAUUGCAUAAAUAUGGAGUAAACCCUAUCUGCAGUUUUGAAUUGGUAUGCCCAGAUAAUACAGUACUGGAUUAGAAGUUAGAAUGGAAACAGUCUUUUAGCUUUGUUCAUUACUUUAACUAACCUUCAUCUGCUUGCUUCAGUUGCUCCCAGCUGUAGGAUGGAUUCAGUGAUCCCUGGAUGAAAUAUUUAUUACAGAACUUCACGGCCUGAAGCAGUAAAACACAGUGCUGCUGAAAUAUCUGCAUCACCGAUAUUCCUUGAAAGUCUGUGGGAAGAUUGUAUUAAUAAUGUGAUGUUUCUUUCAUCUCUUGUAGUAAAAUCUUAUUAUGGAA